AUGUUGGCAUCAAAAAGUAUUGAAAAGUGAAAGAUUGAUUGAAAUGAUUCGGGGUCCUUUUCAAAAUCUGUCACUGAUUAAUUCGCGGUCGUCGUAAAAUGAACGAUUGACACAACACUAGUCAGUAAUACUUCCCAAUUAGUGGUGAAAAGAAUCAAAAAGCUUUAAAGAGAAAGAUUUUCGAAAGAGAUACCUGCACUGAACUGAUCUUGGUCAAGUUUUGUAAACAUACCAUUUUUAUUCCAUAGUUUUGAUGGUAAAUAGAACAGCCUGUGUGAUAUGCUGAUAAAUAAGAAUACAGUUAUAAAAGGCAAGAAUGUGGUUUUGGUACCUUACAGGGAACAUCACGUUCCAAAAUACCAUCAAUGGAUGCAAUCUGAGGAAUUACAAAAACUCACCGCCUCUGAGCCUUUGAGUUUAGAUGCUGAAUAUGAGAUGCAAAGGUCUUGGCUUAGAGAUGAGAAUAAAUGCACGUUUAUAGUUCUCUCUAAAGAGAAAUAUGAAGCAACCAAAGAUGAAGUAGAAGCAAUGAUUGGAGAUACCAAUUUAUUUUUUGCAAAUUCAGAAGACCGCAUUUGCGCAGAAGCCGAAAUUAUGAUAGCUGAAGAAUGGGCUCGAAGGAAAAAGUGUGGUUGGGAGGCUAUGCUGCUAAUGUUUAUGUACGCCAUAAAUUAUCUCUAUGUAAAACAAUUUGUGGUUAAAAUAUCCUAUGAUAACAUUGCUAGUUUUAACAUGUUCUUAAAAAUGGGCUUUGUAGAAUCCAGCCGUAGCGAAGUUUUUCGAGAAAUUACAUUUAGUAAAAUUGUGGAGGAUUUGUGGAAAAAGUGGUUAUUUACAAACUUAGGAAAUUAUGAAGUAUUUGAUUAAACUACUGCCUUCAAUCAUCU